AGCUCUCCACCAAUGAGCUCACAGGAGGGCGGGGACGUCAGACUGUUCUGGGAGGCUCGUGGAUGUGGACUGGAGCUCGUGCCGCUGCGCUGAGCUGGGUGAAAAUACGUUAAACCUGCCGUUAGCUUUAAGCUAGGCGAGCUUUAUCAAGUCAUACGCGACAGAAUAGAUUUAAACGGUUAUUGAGAAGACCCAAAACUUGAAUGAGAUUUUAUCAGCUCGAGUGUGUAAAAAAAUAAGGCGAAAGAUCCAUAGUUUGGACGCAGGCUAACUGGCUAAGUGAGCCGUCGGCAAGACCCCACCACCCAAAGAUUGAAACGGAGAUUAAAGCCAUCAUCUAAUCUAUUAAAGAGGAUAACCAAUGUCACACACACCAGUCCUCUAAAGCAGCGACGCCAAUGAACUGACAGGUGGAGUUUAUUUCCAUUCUCCCCAGCACAACCACUGGAAGCCCAUCAUUGAAUGCGUGCGUGCUAACUCUGUGAGUGUGCAUAUGGUCCGCAGAAAGAGGAGAUAACUCCACCGAGUCAGAUAAGGAAGUGUAGGCAUGGCUCGAGGCACUCCCUUGAGGCCGCGUCCCCCUGAGAUCCUUAUGUAAUGCCUCCUCAUCUGCAAAUAGACAUCAGCUGGGCCUGAUACACUCAUACAAACACGCAUAAGGAAGUCCCUGAACUGUCCCAAGGGAGAAGUUGAACUCUUGUACAUUGUUUUCUCUUUGACCCCUCCUCCCUCAAUCCCCACAUAAGCACCUGUGCAUCCUGGGAUUCCUCCGAGCUCCAACGUUUUCAUUUCAGAAUUGCUCCACUGACCUGGAUCAAUUCCCAGAAUUGUUGAGGUGUGUGCGAGUGAAGUGCUGCUCUUUUCACCUGUUUUUGUCUCUGCAAGCUCCAUCAAAAAAGGUGUUUUUGACGGACCAUUCCACUCAUUUUAUGCCUCUUGUCGCCAAGAUCGAGAAUUUGAUCUAAUCAGCCAUGCAGGUGUAAGCCUGUUUACUUGUGAAGAUACUGGCCUGUUCUUUAAAACUAACCUGUUGGAUCAGCAAUGCUUCGACUCAGGAGAGAGACACACAAGGCUCCAUUUCUUAAGGUGCAGUGUAGCACACGUUGGUUGAAAUGAAGGAGAGACAUUUUUAUAUCUUCUGAUAGUGUGGAUGGUGGGGGGAAACUGUUAACGGUUGUGGCUGCCGUCUGAUUCCUUCAUUGUUGUUGCUCCCUUCAAAACUGAACUACACCAAAAAUCCUCCUGUCCCUCUCUUUGUCUCUCGCCAUUUCAUUUUUUUAUAUAUAUUUUGGUGAUUUAGUCAACUCCCAUUCACAGCAGAAGAAAACAAAAUUGGCAACUUUUGAAAUCCUUAAACUGACUACAGUGCUGCUUAUCAAAACACCAAACUCAAAUAAUACAUUUUUAAAAUAUUUGUUAGCAUUAAAAAAAGAAAACAAAUUCAUAAACAUUACUUUCCUUUACCUCUUAUUUUAUACAGUAACACCAAAUCUUUCUCAUAAAGUAAACAAUUUUCACAUUUUUUGUUACAUUUUUAAAGCACCACUGAAGAUUUAGGCCUAGACAGUAGAAGUGGUUAGACAUUUGAGUUUUUAAAAUUGUUUUGGUUUUUGUUUUCAUUUUGUUUUUUGUUCCAGUCAUUUUUUCUUGGCAUUUUAUAAACAUUUUUUCCUAAGCCUUUUAAGUUUGCGUUUUCAAUAUAUAAAUAUAUAUAUAUAUUUUUAUUUUUUUUUUUUUUUUUUUUUUUUUACAUGACCAAAAAAGUAAUAUUUAGACUUGACAAACUACAGAUGUUUUGAGCAAUUUUUGUUCAGUGAUUGGCUUUAUACAUUUAGUAAUUUAUAAGUGUCUAAACAUCAGAAACUUUAAUUCAAGAAUUUGCUAAAACCCAAAAUUUCUUCAGUUUACAAUUUUUUUUUUUUUUAAUCCUUUUUUUUAUUUAUUUAUUUUACUUACUUUCUCCAUAUUCUCUCUUUUGAGUAUUUCUGUUUUGUACUUUUGAAACAAUGCUCAUCUUGUGGCCUUUUUCUAUAAUGCCAAAAGGACAGCAACUUCUCCCUUAGUCUUUCUUUUUUCAUUUGUGCUGUCUCAACACAAACACACUCACAAACGGAUAAUUUUGCGGGGCGCGCUGCCAUCCUGCCCCCUGGGUGAUGCCGAGCGGCAGCAUGAGUGGGGGCGUGUCUGGACCCACUUCCCCACCCCACCCCACCAUUCCAUCCAGACCUCUCCGGCCUAGUCGCUACGUGCCGGUCUCUGCGGCAACGGCCUUCUUGGUUGGAGCAACCACACUCUUCUUCUGCUUUACGUGCCCUUGGCUUUCAGAGCAGUUUUCUGUUGCUGUGCCGAUAUACAAUGGCAUUAUGUUUCUGUUUGUUCUGGCCAACUUCUGUAUGGCCACAUUUAUGGAUCCUGGCAUCUUCCCCAGAGCUGAGGAAGAUGAAGAUAAAGAGGAUGAUUUCCGGGCUCCUCUCUAUAAAACUGUGGAGAUUCGAGGCAUUCAAGUGCGGAUGAAGUGGUGCUCCACCUGCCGUUUCUACAGACCCCCACGUUGCUCACAUUGCUCCGUGUGCGACAACUGUGUGGAGGAUUUUGAUCAUCACUGUCCGUGGGUUAACAACUGUAUCGGCCGAAGGAACUACCGAUACUUUUUCCUGUUUCUGCUGUCCUUGACAGCUCACAUAAUGGGCGUGUUUGGCUUCGGCCUGCUCUUCAUUCUCUACCACACCCAGCAGCUGGACAGAGUGCAUUCGGCUGUCACUAUGGCUGUCAUGUGUGUUGCUGGGCUUUUCUUCAUCCCAGUAGCAGGUCUCACUGGUUUCCAUGUCGUGUUGGUGGCAAGAGGCAGGACCACCAAUGAGCAGGUGACAGGGAAGUUCAGGGGAGGCGUGAACCCCUUCACAAAUGGCUGCUUGAGGAACGUCUCGCACGUUCUGUGCAGCUCACAGGCACCCAGGUAUCUGGGUAGAAAGAGAAAGGCUCAGACAGUGUCUGUUCAGCCUCCUUUCCUCCGACCACAGCUUACAGAGGCUCAACUGGCAGCCAAGGUGCUCGACAACGGAAUCCAAGGAGACCUACACCGGUCUAAGAGCAGUUUGGAGAUGAUGGAGAGUCAAUCUGCUGACGCAGAGCCUCCGCCUCCACCUAAACCAGAGCUCAGAUACCCUGGGCUGUCACGAGGACCUGCCGGACACUCAGAGGAGAGCAGUCUGUUGAAUAAAGCUCCACCCACGCCCACCAUGUUCAAGUACAGACCCACCUACAGCAGCCCGGGCAAGAACCACACUGCCCUUACACAUGCAUAUGCCAACCAGAUGAGUCGUGGGGACAGUCUUAAAGAGUCCUCUUCCUCUCUCCUCCAGUCCAGUCAGCAGCCAGGCUAUCGCUCUGAGCCCAGUCUGGAUGGGCGUGAGGGGGGCGGAGUGGAGCGAAGCGGGGCAGAGCGAACAGGUGGGGGCCCUGGAGUACCUCCAGGCUCAGGGAUCCCAGGAUACUCCCUAGGAGGGCGCUCGUACCCCUCCUUCUCUGAUCCUACGGUGCUCGCCGGAGGGGCCUCACGGUCCUCCAGUGUUCGCUCUUCCCACAAUGCCCCGCCAUCUGAGGCUACCACCUCCACCAGCUACAAAAGCUUAGCCAAUCAGACACCACCACCGGCUCCUCGGAACGGCAGUCUGUCGUACGAUAGUCUGCUCACACCUUCCGAAAGCCCAGAUUUUGAAUCGGCGGCACCAGAGAUGUCACCAGGGCGACCGCACACACCAGUAGUCGGAUACAGUUCACCAUUCCUGUCAGCACAGAUCGCCCAGCAACGGGAGGCGGAACUCCACCAGCCAUCUGCCUCCAGCACCGCCCUCCUCGCCUCCCCGCAUCAUGCCGUCUAUCUACGUGGCUCCACCGCCUCCCCGCCGGCUCCGCCUGAACGCGAGCGAGAACGCCUGCUGCACGACUCGCAACCGCACCACCAUCACCACCACCACCAUCAUCACCAUCACCAUCGGCCGCCUCGCUUUUCUCGACCCCCGCUGCUCUCUGACUCGGGCCCCUCUCAGCCCUCGUAUCCAUACCGCACUCGCUCCACUGACACCCCCCUGCCGCCCACCACCCACCCUCCACGCUCGCCACACCCCCCGCCACUGGGGAAGUCCCUGUCUUACUCUAGCGCUGCCGCUGCAGAGAUGCAGUACCGCCUGGUCCGCAAAGCCUCGGCCUCGGUCGGGGGAGGGGGCAUACAGGCGCCAAAGGACGAGAUUCAGAUGAAGUCAUAUAGCCGGACAAACGGGCAGCCGAAACCACCUUCCAACCCCUCGUCCCCCUCUCAUCCUGUCAGCGUAUCGACUCGCCCAGGUCAGGCAUAUUCCAGUGCUGGCUCUUCUCAGAGCCCCGCCCACAAGCCUGGAGGUGGCGUGAAGAAGGUGACGGGUGUCGGAGGGACUACUUACGAGAUAUCGGUGUGAGAGAGCGGCUGUGUUCACUGGUGUUGUCAAGAAUAGAGCCAGGGACUCAUGUUCUUCACCAACAUAGCAGAAAAAAUCACGUGUGGCAGACAUUUAUUGGUGCCCAUGGGAAAGACCUGAAAAUAUUUCGAAAAGGAAAUCAAUGCUGACCAGCAGGUUUUGGUUGGAUGUGACAUGUAGGAGGAGGAGGAGGAGGAGGAGGAGGAGGAGGAGCAUGGGGGUUCAUUCAAGCCGUGACAUAGUGGGACUUUAAGACUCCUCACCAGUAAGGAGCUGUAAAACUUAAUUGGUGUGACGGAAAAGGACCGGAUUGCCUUCAAAACGUUUCAGAAAAAAAAAAAAAGAUUUUUAUCCGACAUAAAUGUGUAAAUUGUUCUGUAUAGAGAAAAAUGGUCACUGUUUUGUUUUUGUUUUUUCACAGAGUGGAAUUUGAUUUUUACGAAAGGGGACCUGUGGCAUUCAGUAGCCAUUUCAGACCACUGUGAUUGGCAUGCGACAAUGUUGCGUCUGUAUCCAAUCAGCACCAGGGAAGCAAAAUGGUAGAAAAGAUAAAGAAAUGGACUAAUGCAUUAUUUAAAUGACAGAAGCCUUUUCAAAUUAGUGUUUUCAGAGUUAUGGCCUUGGAAAUUCAAGGAAGAAAUGUUUUUAUUUAAUUUUUAAAAUGUUAUUUUAUAUGACUUUAUAAAUGGUUAUUGAUAAGAUCAAAAUGUUUUUUUUUUUUUUUUCUACAAAGGCUGAUAUUUGUUCUCUAUGGACUUAUCUAAUCAUAUAGACGGUUGAAGAGCUGGUGGCAUACUAGUGGCGAGAGAUCAGAGGGUUGCUCGUAGCAUAAAAAUGCAUUUGACACUGCAAUCUGUGGGACAUAUUUCAAAUUUUAUCCUGUAAACAUUGAUUGUCUGCCUCUUAGGUAUGAGGUUUUUUUUUGUUUUUUAAUACAUUAGAGGCAAAUCUCACUGGUGGCCUUAACUAGCCAGCCAUGUAGGAUUUAAAGCUUUCUGCUCACGAUGCCACAGAGCAUGCUGGGUAACCAUAUCAGUGCCCUCUGAUUGGAUGGCAGUUGAGCCAAUCAGUGGAAGUUAGCUGUCAUUCUGAAUCAGUGAAAGCCUUUUAUUUUGAAUGAUUUAAUUCUUACCCGUUACAUUCAAAAAGAUUGUGACAUUUUGACUCAUUUCAAUCAUCGUAUGUCUUGUCAGGGGUAUUGAUCAACAUUUAGGUCAGGGCUGGCCAAUCAGGGGACAGAAGGUAUUUGCUGGCUGACACAAAAGCCAAUGAAUACACUUAUAGGAAUAUUUUAGAUCAAAAGAUGGACUGAGGGAAAGGAGGAAAAGAAAGAAAAGAACGUGUACUGUAUAGCUCAGUGUGAGUGAGCAUGGUUGUGAAUAUGUGUAUGCGUGUGUGUGUGUGUGUGAGCAUUGGUAAUAAACUCUUUAUAAAUCAA